AUGGAUCUCACAAAGAAACGCAAGGCCGAAGAGAAUGGCGUCGCGUAUUCCGCGCCCAUCGAUCUUGGUGCUAGCAUAGCCAUCGUUGCACCAUCGGUGCCCAGCGUCUUAUCCCCGGAGGAUGCCCAGAAAAUUCUUGAACCCUUCACGAAGGAGCAGCUCCUGCCAAUCCUCCGUGGGGCUGUUCUUCGCCACCCUGAUGUCCUUGAAGCUGUUCGCACUGUCGCCGACGCAGAUCCUGUACAGCGGAAGCUCUUUGUCCGCGGCUUGGGGUGGGAGACUACCACUGAGAAGCUCCGCCAGGUGUUCUCUGCGUACGGCGAACUCGAUGAGGCCAAUACCAUUGUUAUUACUGAUAAGGCCUCCGGCAAGUCGAAGGGAUACGGGUUUGUUACUUUUAAGCAUAUUGAUGCUGCGAUAUUAGCAUUAAAGGAGCCUAAUAAGAAAAUUGAUGGUCGUAUGACUGUGACUCAGCUUGCUGCAGCGGGCAGUUCGGGGAAUUCGAGCUCGACUGACAUUGCAACGAGGAAGAUUUAUGUUGGCAAUAUUCCGUUUGAGAUUUCCUCAGAGAGAUUGUUGGGGCACUUCUCGAUGUACGGUGAGAUUGAGGAGGGACCCCUAGGCUUUGAUAAGCAGACUGGGAAGGCAAAAGGUUUUGCGUUUUUUGUUUACAAAACGGAGGAGGGUGCAAAUGCUUCGUUGGCUGAUCCCAUGAAGACUAUUGAUGGGCACCAAGUGGUUUGUAAAUUAGCAACAGAUAAUAAACGGCAGAAGCCGAAUAUGGGGCCUGGAGGUGGAGUUGUACCUGGGAUGCCAAAUACUGGUCUCUCUGGAAUACCUGGGUCAAAUUAUGGGCAAGGAAGUGGUUAUAUGGGGUAUGGACCAGGCCCAAACAUUUCUCAACCACAGCAACAAGCUGGGAUUAUGCAUCAGAACCCGGGUUUUAGUACUUCUAUCGGUGGCCCUGGAGGGCUAAGUGGGCAAGGUUAUGGUGGUGGGUAUGGAGGUGGUCCGUCACACUAUGGUGGCAGUGGCAGUGGCGGUGGCGCAGUUGCUGGACCUGGACCUGGACCUGUUGGUGGAACUGGAGGGUUGGGCAAUAAUGGAGGCUACAGAAUGUCAUCUAGUAAUGUCGGGGUACAGAGUUCCGGGGGGACCGAGGUUUCCACCGUACCAGGGUAUGCCACCCUAUUAUUGAGGUAUUUUGACAGCUUCUUGGGCGCAAAUGCUUUAAAUGGUAGUGGUGAUUAA